GUACCUUCGCCCUCGACUCAACAGCUUGUCCCGUCGACAGGAUCCUCGGCAGAGCCGCAAUCGGGGGGUGCAACCGACGACGCAGCCCUCUGAUCCGUCAAGUCAGCCCGGGCUAACAUCCUUAACGGCGGCGGCAGACACGGUGGCCGCGGCGAAUGCAGCUAUUGCGCAGGACUCGGCCACCUCGAAGGACACUGCUCCGGUGACGGAUACGAUGGCGGACACAGACACGGCAGACACGGCUACGGCAGACCCGGUGGCCGUAGCGAAUGCAGCGAUUACGCAAAACACGAGGAUGGUGACGCACACGACGACGACGGACACGGUAAUCACAGCGAAUGCAGCGAUUGCGCAGGACAUGGCGACGCCGAAGCGUACGGCGAUGUCGAAGGAUACGCCCCCGGUGACGAAUGCGACACAGGACACGGCCAUGUCAAAUGACACGGCUCCGGUGGUCGAUGCGACACACGUGCAGAAUGGAAACGAAGACGAACCGACAUCGACGGCUGGCGGUGGCGAUGCCCCAUCGUUGUGGAGUAGGGCUUUCAACAGCGGUGAGCUGUCUGCGCACGAGUGCCGAGCGCUUUCGGGUAUUCGCAUCGACACCGACACCCGUCAGAUUGCGGCCGCUUUGGGGACCAUGACGAAUGGGAUUAUGGAGGAAAGAAAAGGAAAGGAUCGGAAGAUUCGGUUCAAAGGCGAUGAUAUUGUCUUGAGAGAUAUUGCCAUGAAGAUCGGGCGGUGGAUUCAGAGAUUCAAGGACAUCGGGGACAUUGUCGUCCAAUACGACCCCGGACACGCUGCGCUGCCGUGGGCGGGCUUCCGAUUCCUGCUGCAGCUUUGCUUGGAUAAGCAGGAAACGGUAGACGCGAUCCUGGUGGGACUUGAGAAGAGUGUCUGCAUCACCGAUUGGUGCGCGAUCUACGAGCAUCUCUAUCUAAACAAAACAACGGAGGCUUCUCAAAACCUAGAGAAGUCAAUACUCCGGCUGUACACGGCAAUCUUGAAAUUCCUGGCCAAGUCCAUAGUGAGAUUGAAAGGGGCAUAGUAUUCUUUGCGGACAGUAGCCGUUGGAGGAGCCACCGCUAAUCCUUCCUUAGACAACCACCUCGAGGCGGUAUUCACGACAGGGGAAACCUCCAACUACAUUAAUGAU